UGUUUGCGAUAGAUGCUACGAUGACUAUGUGAGGCUAAGGUAUAAACACCCCGAACCUUUUGUAUUGAGAUAUUUGAGAGACCAGGAGGAAGAAGAUUCUAGAGAAUAUCAAGAUAGCGGAUAUAAUACAAGUAAUAGUUACGGUACCGAUAAAUCUUCUAGUAAUACGAAAUAUCCUAAUAGUGAUGAUGAUAUUUUAAAAGAGAAUAGUUCUCGUACUAUAAAUCAAUAUCAACAACCAAUAA